AUUUGAUUCGAGAGAGGUCUUCCCUAACUUUUACAAGGAUGGAUGAACAGAUUUGAAUUACAAUAGAAACCCUCAACAAUGGCGGAUGAAUCACCACCAGGAGAACCAGCAGCAACAUUGUUCCCGGUUUUCAAUCAAAACCCCACAACAACCUCCGAACCAAUAAACCCUCUACAAGUCUCUAAUUCCAACGCUCCAGGCUGGCUCAGCAACACCAGCUUCACCGCCGACAUCUCAACCAUCAACGACGUCGUAUCCACUCGCUACCAUCACUACAGCGAACCCGACGACGACGAAGAAGAAGAAACAGCAACAGAAACAGAGGAAAGGCGGCCGCAGUCUCGUUACGAAUUGGUGGACUCUUCGGCAUCGGAUCAGGACAUCGACGGGAAUAACCGCAGCAGCAAUAAAAAGGAGAAACGGAAACGGAGAAAGACAAAGAAGGGAGCGGCAAGCAGUGGUUACGAAUAUGGACCUUCUUCUAGGAAACAAAACAUUCAAUCGUGGGCAAAUAAUGCUACCACUUCAUCUGCAAACAAAGAAUAUUACUUCGAUUCUCGCGGUGAUCGUGAUAAUUUGGCUUUUGGCUCUCUUUACAGAAUGGAUGUUGCUCGAUAUAAACUCUUCCAUGGAACCAAGUCUUCUGGAUUUAACUCCAAUGUAUUCCAUUCUUCAAACACGAGGAGUUGGGGGUUUGAUGGAGAUAAUGAUGUAAAUUCAUUAGACACUAAGCUUAGAUCCGAAGGUCGUUACUGGUCUGCUAAGUAUGCUGCAUUGGAGCACCAUAAGAACUUUAAACGCCUUAGAAUCAUUGCCCCUAAAGACUCCACCCCAGAACUUGGUACAGAUUUUGUACCACUUUCAGAUGAGUUGACUUCUUCCAAUGGUCAAGAUUCCUCAUUGGUUGAAGAAUCAUGGGAAGAUGAGGUGUUACGAAAGACUAAAGAGUUCAAUAUAAUGACUAGGGAGCAUCCAUAUAAUGAGAAAUUUUGGUUAGAAUUUGCUAACUUUCAAGAUAAGGUUGAAAGCAGGCAACCACAAAGAGGUGCUAGAUUACAAACAUUGGAGAAGAAGAUUAGCAUAUUGGAAAGGGCAGUUGAGGUCAAUCCUGAUAAUGAAGAACUGCUUCUUGCACUUAUGAAUGCGUAUCAAAGAAGGGAUAAUAAUGAUGUGUUGAUUGGUAGAUGGGAGAAGCUACUUAUGCAUCAUUCUGGAAGCUAUAAACUUUGGAGGGAGUUUUUGAGAAUUGUUCAAGGGGAUUUUUCAAAAUUUAAGGUUUCUGAAGUGAGAAAGAUGUUUGCCAAUGCAAUACAGGCUUUGUCAGCUGCAUGCAGCAAGCAGCAUAGGCAGGCUCACCAGAAUGAUAUGGUUGACCAAGAACUUGGAUUGGUCAACAUAUUUGUGAGUUUAUGCCAUUUUGAGUGGCAAUCAGGCUAUCAAGAAUUGGCUACAGCUCUAUUUCAAGCUGAAAUAGAAUACAGUUUAUUCUGUCCAUCUUUACUUCUUUCUGAACAAGGUAAACAGAGACUGUUUGAGUAUUUCUGGAAUAGCAGUGGUGCAAGAAUUGGGGAAAAUGGGGCUCUUGGGUGGUCAACAUGGGUGGAAAAAGAGGAAGAACAAAGGCAAAAGGUAAUGAUGGAGUCUUCUGAUAUUGUUGAUGAAGGGGGGUGGACAGGGUGGAGUGAAUUAAAAGAAAAUCGGGAAAAUGAAGAAAAUAUGGGAGCUGAUGAUGUGGGAAUGGAGGGAAAUGAUGAUGAUGAUGUGGAAGAGAAAGAGAAAGAGAAAGAUGAUACUGAGGCUUUGAUGAAGUUGCUUGGUAUUAAUGGUGAAAUUGAAGGAAAUGGUGAAGUGGAAGAUGUUUCAACUUGGGUUAAAUGGUCUGAAGAAGAGUUGUCAAGAGAUUGUGAUCAAUGGAUGCCUAUUCGUACAGAAUCUGCAGGAAAUUCACUUGAGAAUGGGGUCACAGAUAAAGAAGGUGAUGAAGAACAACUUUUAAGAACAGUAUUAUUUGAGGAUGUAAGUGAGUAUUUGUUCUCAAUAACUACAGAUGAAGCCCGUUUAUCAUUGUUAUACCAUUUUAUUGAUUUCUUUGGUGGAAGAAUUCCUCAGUGGUGUUCAACUAAUAGUUCAAGUUGGGCUGAAAAAACCCUAGUUGUGGACUCAUUACCAGAUUCUAUGUUAAAUGACUUGAGAAAAGUUGAGGAGAUAUUAACAAAAACAGAUGAGAAUUACAGUUUAGAACAUGUUUUAAACAGCUCUGAUAACAUAAACAUGAGAAGUGAAAUGAUGAAAUUUGUUAGAAAUGUUAGUUUACAAUGUUUGAAUGUAUUUCCACAUGACCAUAUUUUAAAAGAAGCUGCACUUGUUGCUGAAGAGCUUUCAAACACAAGAAUGAAUUCCUCUAGUGUUGCUAUUACUCCAUGUAGGACAUUGGCAAAAAGCCUCUUGAAAAGCAAUCGUCAGGAUGUACAUUUAUGUGGUGUUUAUGCAAGAAGAGAAGCUGCAUUUGGGAAUAUAGAAUAUGCAAGAAAAGUAUUUGACAUGGCAUUAUUAUCCAUUGAAGGGCUUCCAUGUGAUCCCAAAUCAAACGCCUCACUUUUAUUCCUUUGGUAUGCUGAACUUGAACUUGAAAUUUCCAACAACAAUUCUUCUAGAAGCUCAGAGUCAUUAUCACGAACAUUACACAUUCUUUGUUGCUUGGGAUGUGGGGUAAAAUAUAGUCAAUUCAAAAGUCAACCAUCAAGUUUACAACUGUUAAGGGCACGUCAGGGAUUUAAAGAACAAAUAAGGGUAAUUCAGGGAAUUUGGAUUCAUGGGAGUAUUGAUGAAAAUUCUGUUGCUUCUAUUUGUUGUGCUUCUUUAUUUGAAGAGUUGACUUCUGGAUGGGAAUCUGGAAUAGAAAUUUUAAAUCAAUCUCUUUCCAUGGUGCUUCCAGAAAGGAGAAGCCAAAGUCAUCAACUUGAAUUACUAUUCAACUUUUAUAUACAAAUGCUAUGGAAGCAUCAUUCUGAAGCAGAACUCGCAAAUAUUUGGAAAAUUUUGGUGCAAGAAUUACAGAUAUACCCCUUCAGUCCUAAACUCUAUAAUACACUUAUUCAAAUUGGACAUCUUCAUACUUCCCCUAGUAAGCUUCGACGGAUCAUUGAUGAUUACUUACACAAGAAACCAUCAGUGAGUGUUUGCCUGUUUGCAUUAUCGUAUGAGAUUAGAAAAGGAAGUUCUCAUCAUAGAGUACAUAGAAUCUUUGAAAGGGCAUUGAGUGACAACAUGUUGAAAAGUUGUGUACUUUUAUGGCGUUUAUAUUUGUCGUAUGAAAUCCAUGUCACACGUGACAUGUCAGCAGCUAGAAGAAUUUACUUUCGUGCCAUUCACUCGUGUCCAUGGUCAAAAAGGCUAUGGCUUGAUGGAUUUGUGAAAUUAAGCUCUGUGUUAAGUGCAAAAGAGUUAUCGGAUUUGUUGGAAGUAAUGCGUGACAAAGAGAUGAAUGUGAGGACGGAUGUAUAUGAAAUCCUUUUGCAAGAUGAGAUGGAUGUGUCCAAAUAAGUUUAGGCAAAAAUGGGGAUUGUAUAUUACAUGUUGUAAGUCCCUAGUUUUUCUUUUUAUUAAAAAGGAAAUUGUUUUAGUUUCUUCAACUCUACGUAUAUAGGCCUCAAGCAAAAAGGUAUUGUAUACAGAUUAGCAUGACAUCACAUAAUAGUUGUACUGUGUUUGGUGUGUAUUGAAUCAAGAUCAAUACUCAUGUCAAUACGACAGACAUAAAAAACUGCAAUUUAUCUGAGACUGAAUGAAACCGAUGUCAAUAGGACGAAAAAUGGGAUAACACAAAUUAUAACGAAUGAAAAUUUUAUUGGUGUG